AUGGCUCCUCGUAGCCGCAACAUCGUUGCUAGCCGGAGAAGGAGGAGGGACGAGGAAGGCGAGGAUGAGGGCUCGAUAGAUGGAGAGUUGGAGGACGACUCGCUAAGUGAGGGAUCGAUCAUCAGUCAUCAAGACGACGAAGAUGCCGAUGGAGAAGGCAGUGAUGAGAGUGAUGAUGAGGCGCCCGCCUCCCCGCAGAGCAGAAUCAACGGGCAUCAAGUUAAUGGACGGCUGCCCGAGACGAAUCAACAGCUGGGACGACAGAAUUCCGUUUCCCCCGGGAAACAAGCCAUGCAGUCGGCGGUAUCAGAUACGGAAGCGAUGUUAAAUGGGAUGAAGAUCUCCGGUGAGACAAAUGAGGUGGCCGAAAUCCAUUUCGAUAACAUGGAGGAGCCCAAUCAAGCUGGCAGGACACCAUCGGCGCCACCUACAGAACCGAGACGGGAGACUUUUGCAGAGAGGAAACGUCGUGAACAUGAAAAGUACAUCAAGGAACGGGAUGAAAAUCCAGCCUUUGUGCCAACACGAGGCAGCUUCUUCCUUCACGAUAAGCGAUCUACGGAGUCGGGGACAAAUGGUUACAGGCCCUUCAACAAGUCGAAAUCAAGGCCUUACGGCCUUAUUGUGGAUGGCAACACACGCAGAAAUCUUUCCAAGUCCGAUGCCAGUCAAGGCCAGUGGACUCAUGACCUUCACGAUACCGUCGCCGGAGAUGAUUCGCCUGCCCUUAAUUCUCCUGCCGCACCGAAUAUGAUGCCCAACCCCUCCAAGCCAGUACCUACAGCCCCCAGAUCGUCUCCUCCCAACCGUUCUUUCUCUAGCACCACCCUGAUAGGAAAUGUGCCUGUCGUGGUAUACCUGCCGGGUAUGGAUCGUCCAAUCCCGCACCCCACUGUCCAGAAGAGGCAGCAUACUCGAUUGCCUCAGCAUCGGCCCCCUUUGCGUCGGGACAAACCUGUUCGGAUUUCUCUUCCUGGUCAACCUCCAAGAUACAUAUUCCCGUCUACAGAGCGGUCUUUCAUUUUCAUCCCACGAGCAUUACGGCCCAACCAGCAGGCUUUCCGUGGUAGAGGUCGUGGUGGAUUUUAUGGUGGAAGACGUACCAGUAUUACCAACUCUGCAUACACACCUAGUGUCACUAUGAGCCGGAGAUCGUCGUUAGGAAGAGCAGGAUCUCAGGAAGGAUACUCACCGGCCGGGUCCAUAUUCUCCCGGCAGACGAUGGUUACGACGGAGAAUGGCAAACCAGUUGUUCGCCUUCCACCACCUGUUCGACCGCCUGGAGGCAUCCCUCCAGUGGCUGCCGGCCCUGUUGCACCGGCACCAGCAAUGCCCCCAUCUCUGCCUCCACCACAACCUCAACAUCCCCUCUAUCGCGAGAGCCGUCAGGCUCCGAUUCCCAUGCAUCAGCCCCGUCCUCAAAAGGCCGUAUCUGUCGCAGACAUCGAAAGUCCCGCGAGUUUUGCGUUCAACCCCCCACAACCACAGCAGGAACAACCCUUCCAUCACCAGGUUCCGGUACCCAAUGGCUUGUAUGGAUCGGACGUUGGCCACCCUCAGACGUCUGUGACACCUUUAUCACACAUCCCGGAGCGUGUCAUUCAUGCACAACCGUUCCAGCCGUACAACUUCCAGCAGCCUCCAGGGUUCUACCCAGCAGCAUAUCCUCCGGGUGCCAUGUAUUAUCCCGUUUCUGGCAACGAGUUUCCACCGUAUAAUGCUUCCGGUGGCCCUGGGGCGUCUGUCCCUCCAUUCCCACCUCCCAGUCAGCAGGUACCAUAUAUGAUGCCGGCACCGCACGCCUCAUCAGCUGAGCAGCAGUCCUCGCAACCCAAUACCGUUGCACAUGAGGCAGGCGGUACGGUAUAUUACUAUGAUGCCGCACAAAUGUAUCCGAACCAAUCGUUUCCGAUGCCUGCCCCCGGGCCUGGUGGAGUUGUGGGGAUGGGCGGGAUGAUGACCCCUCCUGGUACGACUUAUUACUAUCCUCAAGCACAAGGCGUUUACUAUGCCUCACAGUGA